UACUGUGUACUCCUGACAUGUGUGGAUUGACAUAUAACACUGUGAGCAUACAUCUGUCAUUGGGACAUGUAAACUAUCUCAGUGGAAAUAAACGCUACCAUGGUGACUCAGAUAAAGGAAUCGCACCUUCUGCUUCUCACCACAGGAGACCUUAUAAAGGACCCGUGCGUCCAUUCAGCCUCAUGAAAACUUACACAGUGUGUGAAGACGAUGCUUCUGCUGGAGACCCAAGGGGACCAAGAACGUAACAAGGACGCAGUAUAGAAGGCUAUCCCCAAAUUAUGAUAUUAAGUGCUCCGGAUAUUGUUUCUCUCACUAUUUAUUUUUCUGCUGUUUUUGGGACGAUUGCGAAUUUGGUUCUUAUCUUUGCCUUCGUAAGCAAUGCCUUGAAAAACAAAGUGUUUCAGCCUCUGGAUAAGAUUAUUGUGAACAUGGCCGUGGUCAACCUUCUGUUGUGCUGUUACAAGGAGAUCCCUGGGCUCCUCAUAUUCUUCAAUGCCAAAGUUUUUGGGCCGGCGGGAUGUAGGUUCUUGCUUUACUUUUACCACACUCUUCGCUUGAUCAGUAUAUGGUCGGUGGCGAAUCUCAGCUUCCUUCAUCUCAUCAAGAUACGGAGACCCGGCCAUAGUUGGUCAAAGUUCAUCCAUCGGCAUCAAGCGCAGUAUGUCAACUGGUCACUGGCUGGGUGUUGGGUCAUAAGCAUCACUUUCCAUAUGCCGUACCUUCUAUAUCCUGAGUCUUUGGGGUUUCGUAAUAAGAGCAACAUCAUGAUGACAAGUACCAACUGCAUUGGCCCGUCUCACAGCGAACUGUUGAGGGUCCUCACUUAUGCCACGGUGAGUGUGGACUUUUUGUUGAUCAUCUUGGUGGUUCUUCUAAACUGGUUUAUAAUAGACUUAAUAUGUAGACACAGGAGGCAAGUACGGGACACCAUGACUGUAAGACGAGGCUGGAACAAACACACAGCUCAGGCAACAAAGAUCCUACUGUCCCUUCUGUCCCUGUACGUCAUCUGCUGGAUCUCCAGUGAUGUGGUCUGGAUAGCCAUAGUCUCGGGGCUUAUGGCGAAUGACUAUGAAAAUGACAUGCUCUCGGCUCUGUAUGGCAUCUUGUCCUCUAUAUACUACUCAGUUAGCUCAUGUAUUAUGGUCUUUGGCUACAGACAAGUAAAAGAUUAUUUAACUGAAUCUGGAAACUGCUGUCAAUUGGGCCGAACCCCCACCACGGUCCAGAGCUUGGAACAGCAACAAUGA